UUUUACUCAACAAUGAAGACUCCUUCAGCACCGAUGGAGGGUCGGAAUGCUCCAACCCGGGGAGUCCUCGGUCCAGAGUGCCGUCUCCAAGCAUGGAGAGGCUUGAUCGGCUCGUACGAUCAGGGGGCAGGGAAAUUAGAAGAGCUGGUCAGUACAGUUCCCUUAUGUUCUUUUUUUGUCACUGCUGUGCCACCAUUUGUGUGUGUUUAUCAGGUCUUGCAUCACAUCUGUUUACAUUUGUUUGUUAGUCUUACUUCACUUCUCUGUGUCUCUUGCUUGCAGCCACACUGAGAAAGUCGUUUGGAGGGAGAGGUAGAUGUGGGUUCCAAUGUUUAUCUAGCUGUAGUGAGUACAGUGUUUUUUAGACCCCAUGUGACCGUAGACCCAACCCUUAUACUGUGCAAUCAACACACCACUGAUGGCAUCCUCCUUGUGAACAAACUGUAAUCCACCCGGAGACGAUGUGACUUGGUCCCUUUAAUGGUCUACCCGCCAAAAAAAAAGUCUACUGAGCAAAUUACCUUGAAAUAUCUUCUUACGAGUUGACGUAGCCUAGUUCAGAGUACAUACACCAUCGUCAUACAAGACAUACACAAUGUAAAUAAAUGUUAUGGACAGUGUAAACAGCAUGUGAACUUCACUUAAGGGAGUUGGAUAUUUGUGUUCUUGAAGACUUAAGUUACGGGGGGGGGGCUUUGCAUUCACUGUGAGUAAGGGAGGGCGAGUGGAAUGACAAGUGAGAGAAGUGCGGUGCGUGUUGUCAAGGAAAUGCUCCCGGACUGGAAUCUCAGGGUGCUCUCGGUUAAUAGAGACUGGAAUGUCCCCUGGGAUUUCUUCAGUUAGGCUCCUUGUGCAUUGAGCACAUUGUGAAGCACAAACAGUCCUCCAAAUAAGGAAGGGAAAAAAAAACAAAGGUUUUCGAAAGGGAGCCAUAGAACAGCACUUGGUCCUCAUCCAACACAACAGGAGGUAAACACAUUUCUGGGCGUAGUCUAUUGGGCUGUCCAUGUCUAUUGUCAUCUUUUAUUUAUUGAAAAUCAGGCGGACGAGUGUAUGGAUUGGUUAGUUUAGGUUUAGUUAGUGCACAGUUAAGGUGUGUAUGUACAGUAUAGAGUGUAAUAUGCUCAGUAGACAUUUUAAAGAAACAAGCAGUGGUGUUUCUGUAACCCUCUAACCACAGAGCACAUGUGUGACCCUCCUCCUCCGUGUGGUGCCCCUCACUCCUCCCGAUUAAUGAAUUAAUCCAGCGUUAAUCUGGCCAUAUUAGGACAUUUUAACAUGAGAUGCUGGCUUUUUUUUGUGCCCUCUCCAACUGUCAGGGACAAAUGCAGUGAUAAACAAAAAAAACGCAGAACUGCCGGAAGCCCAGCAAAUUGCUGGGGCUACGCAUCCUGCGUGGAAAAGACACAUGAGUUAUUAUGUUGCUCUUGUUAUUUUAGAGUUCUAAUGCUUAUAGUCUUGCCAUUAACACUUAAAGAGCUCACACUGUCGCAUUGCCAUGACUCAAAAGGUGUUGUUGAUGAUGUGGUUCCGUAGGAAAGAUGCGUCCACCUAAGGCUAUGCCCCCUCCACAUCCGAGAGCCCCAGUGAUGACUCGUCAGUUUCUAAGUGCCUGAGUGUCCCCCCUUCUCUUUCCUGUGCUGCCAAUCAGCCAACCGGUCUCACUGCGGCAACAGCAGGCCCUGGCGUGUGUGCGAGCUUGUGCGCACACUGCCUCCUUCUCUUCCUCCUCCUCCUCUCUUGUACGCGGUGCUGCAGGCAGUCUGUCAACCUGCCUGCCUGUUCUGCAGCCUUCUCCCUUCCCACCAGAGCGGCGUGACCCAUCCCCUCCCGCCUUCGCAGUCUUAAAGAGUCCACGGCUUUCUGAGUCGUAUGGCCCAUCACGCCUCACGGUUAGGUCGCUCGUCCGCUCACCCACUUCCAUCAGACGCCCAGACCACCACCACCACCCCAACCCGUCCCUGUCCCUGUCCAUGUCCACCCCCAUGUCCUGCUGCACUUGACCUCCGAUUCCAUCCACCCCCGUCCGCUCCCCGUUCCAGGGCCCACCGCCUCUUCCAUCCAUCACUGCAUGUAUACUCACCCAUGCCUGACCGUCCCCACCUUGCAUCCACUGCCCACCAUGGUGUGUUUUAGUGAAGUGUGACGUCAUCGCUCUCUGGUUGGUCCUCCAUGUCUGUGUCCUUUGUGUGUGCUUGCUUAUUAAUUUGGCCCUUCCUUUGCUCCGUGUUGCUAUCACGCUGCUUGCAUCUGUCAUGCAUUUUGCUGUCAAGAAUGCUUUCUUUCUCCUUAUUGGCAGUAAAAACUCUGCUCUGUGAGUGACUUUCCACUAGAUUAUUAACUUUAGUUCCAUUUGUGGUGGUAAAUAUUCAGACAGACUGUGGUUUGCAUCGAAAGUAUGUGAGUGUUGCAUAUUGUACAUUGAACUGGACAAAUGGUGAAUCCUUUAAUCUUCAGGAAACAAUGCAAAGGACAUCUAAGGUGUGCUGUUCUAUUUUCUUUCGUCAGAAGAUUAACGCUCUCCCUUCUCAACAAUCUCAUUUAAGUCUCCAGCUAAUUUUAGAAACGUGCAAUGCUUGAAGUCUAGCCUUUUGUGUAACUUUCUCAACACUAGGAGUUUACUUAUAAUAAAUAUAUUUGGCACAGCAUUUUUAAGUAUUUUUGUGGAGCUUCUUUUUAGAAAUAUAUUUUUAUUCCAUUAUGUUCUUGUGUCCAGGUCAUUGUCAGCACUGUAAACAUACUCUACCUCUUUGUGCGAUCUUUUUCUGAGUGACCCCAGCUGUAACGUGAGCUGCCUGAGAAUGACUAGUCUCUUCUCUUUGUCCUCUGGUCCAUCUCUUCACCCGGAUGGAGGCGGGCCUCCGUCACUCCCCGCAUCACCACUUUCCCGUGCCCGGGCUGCCAGCACGACAUCGACCUCGGCGAGCGGGGCAUUAGCAUGCUCUUCCGCAACUUCACUCUGGAGAGCAUCGUGGAGCGCUACAGGCAGGCGGCGCGCGCCGCCGUCGCCAUCAUGUGCAACGUCUGCAAGCCGCCGGCGUUGCAGGAGGCCACCAAGAGCUGCAUGGACUGCAAGGCCAGCUACUGCAACGAGUGCUUCAAGCUGCACCACCCCUGGGGCACCCCCAAGGCCCAGCACGAGUAUGUGGGGCCCACCACCAACUUCAGACCCAAGGUUCUGAUGUGCCCUGAACAUGAGAUGGAGAAAGUCAACAUGUACUGCGAGGUGUGCAGGCGUCCAGUGUGUCACCUCUGCAAACUGGGUGGCUCCCACGCCAACCAUAAAGUCACGUCCAUGAGCAGUGCCUACAAGAUCCUGAAGGAGAAGUUAUCGAAGAGUAUCCAUUACUUAAUCAGCAAAGAGGACCAAGUGCGGACUCAGAUUUCUGACCUGGAGGUGUUGAUUCAUCAAACGGAGGAAAACGGCCAACUCGCUGAAAGACGAGCCAAUGAGCACUUUGAGCGUCUCUUCGAGGCUCUCCAAGAGCGGAGGACCGAAAUGCUGCAGUCCAUCGAGCAGUCGAGGAACAGGCGUCUGGACAAGCUCCGUGGGCAGGUGGAGGAGUACCAGGGCAUGCUGGAGAACAGCGGCCUCGUGGGAUAUGCACAGGAGGUCCUCAAGGAGACUGACCAGUCCUGUUUUGUGCAGACGGCCAAACAGCUGCACUCGAGAAUACAGAAGGCCACUGAAUCCCUGAAGACGUUCCAGGCCUCAGCCCACCCUAGCUUUGAUGAGUUCCAGGUGGACACUUCCAAGGAGGAGGCCAUGCUGAAGGACCUAACGUUUGGUGGAGUUCCAGACCCCCCCAUGAUUGACCUGACUCGCAGCCGCGUGUACAACGAGGGCCAGAUCCACUGGCGCCUGUCCGAGGACAGCCUCCCCACCGACCACCACCUGCUGGAGUACCGUAAGGUGGACGGCGAGGAGGAGAGCUCCUGGCAGGCCUCCGACCACAUCUACGGCUCCAGUACCGUGGUCUGCAACUUGGACCGUGACAGCGUCUACUCCUUCCGGGUCAAGAGCUUCCGCAACACCCUUUGCAGUCCUUACAGUCCCGAAGUGACCUUCCACACACCUCCGGCUUCAGUCUUCAGCUUCUUGUUCAACGACAAGUGUGGCUUCAGCUCGGAGCGGCUGGUGCUGAGCAAGCGACGGGACUCAGUGGAGAGCGUGGCCGGCAUGGCCUUCCUGCUGUCCGCCGAGCGCGUGCAGACGGGCAGCUACAUCUGCCUGGACUACAUCAUUGGCGACACGGGCAUCACGCAGGGCCGCCACUUUUGGGCCUUCCGCGUGGAGCCACACUCCUACAUGGUGAAGGUGGGCGUGGCGUCCGACUCCAAGCUGCUGGAGUGGUUCCAUAACCCCCGUGACACCAGCAGUCCCAGGUACGAUCAUGACAGCGGGCACGACAGCGGCAGCGAGGACACCUGCUAUGACCUCUCGCAGCCCUUCACACUCAUCACUGUGGGCAUGGGCAAGGUCUUCAUCCCCAAGACCUCGCUGUCCGCCACGGCCAUGUCCGGCGGUGGCGCCGGCGGAGGGAGCGGCGAGCACCAGACCAGCCGCGUGCUGGCCAUGCCGGCUCGCAUCGGCGUGUGCCUUGACUACGACGCCGGGCGCGUCUCCUUCUACGACGCCGACAGCAUGCGGCUUCUGUACGAGCGGCAGGUGGACUGUUCCGGAACCAUGUACCCGGCGUUCGGCCUGAUGGGAAGCGGCGGCGUCCACCUGGAGGACUUCAUCGCUGCUAAGCGCCUUACCUACAUGUGAGGGAGCGGGACAAGUGGAGGGGGUCAGUCCAAACCGCUUGCCUCUGAUAUCUGAGCUCUCCUGACGCCCAUGACCUCUCUUGCUCUAAUCAUUCUGAGAUGAUUUUAUUUUUGGUGGCAUGUUUAUUUUUUUCCCAUUCAGGUAAUUUCUGAGGUUAAUUGAAUAUUUCUUUCUUUAUACAAAAUCACUUCCGUCACACAACGACAACAGUCAAGUUGAACCUGGCAAACCUUGCUUCUUAUGCCUAUGUGCCUUUUCUUUCGGGGGAUAUGGGAUAUGUAGAAGGUGCUCUCUAAUUCUCUUCACCUUAGCAUCAUUGCACAGUACUUCCACAUAGGGAAUUUCACCGCAGAAGCAGCACAGAUGCACGUCUUUUAAGUAAUACGAAUGUCACAGCUUUUAUUUUCAGUUUGCUUCAGAACUCACCUGUUAUGCACAGUAAAUGAAGCUUUUCAGGUAAACUUGAAUUCAGUAACAGCGUCCCAUCAUGCACUAAGGACACUUAUCUAGCACUACCUACUGUAAGUAGAACAUACACUGCGCUGUUACUUCUGCACCCCCACCCCACAUGCACCUCAUUUUGUUUCAGUAUGAACACAAUAUGCAUGGAAAAAAAAUCACUCAUAUCACUCAUUUGAAAACACAUUUUCCUGCAUGCAUUCAUUUUGUUUGUUAUUCAUUUCUCAUAGUAUUAAGCACAGCCACACAUUUCAACACAUCAGGCAUGAUUAUGUAUGCAUUGCAUCUAGAGCAUCAACAUGUUUUUAUUCUGAAUGUAUAACUUGAGGACGGAUGGCUUUAACAUCACUGCUAUGUCUUAACUGAGCAAAAACAACAGCGACAAAACAAAAACAAAACACAAAUAAACAUCUGUGAACCACGUAUAGAAAACAAAAUGCUGGAAACAUCAUGCAGCAUCAUGGUCCGUAUCGCCCUGGAGACUCUGAUCAUGAAUAUGGCCUUCUGUGAUCUAAUCACACACUUGUGGAUACUGUAGCUGGGUGAACCAGGUCACUGGCUGAAAGGGUAGGUUUCUUCCUUUUUUCCGUUCUUUUUCUUUUCAGUGAUAGAAUAUAGGAUAUUCAUUUCAGUGUGUUCUCAGGUUUUGGCCUAAAUGGCCUUGUGCUACCUACCUCCUGCGAGCACUGGAAAAUGUUUUAACAUCCCUAUUUGUUGGUUAUCACUCUAAAGAAAUGUAACAUUUUUUUUAGCCAUUGAUCUUACUAAGUCUGUUAGUGUAUAUUUUGUCAAUGUUCUCACAUACUCAAGCUUGUUUGGUGAGUGGACAGUUAACAUGCUCUUAAAGCAUCACGGUCACUCGUUGACUUUUGCAGUAAAUAUUGAUCGUCAUUUUGUUUUUCAGAAUGUGUUAUAUUGACUGAUACAGAUAAUUGAUAAAUCUAGCAAGAGGAAUUUUAUUUCAGUUAAUGUGACAAGAAAAAAAUGUAAUCCUACAAAACCUUUCAGAAUCUCUUCAUUUUUUCCUUUCUUUUUUUGUCUGGUGAACAUUUUAGUGUUGUAUCAAAUAAUUUAUGAAUACUUUUUGUUUUUAGUAGAUGAAGAUUUGACAAACUAUGUACUCAAUAUUCAAUGUAUCUAGUCUUUUUAAUUUAUUUGGGUGUUGGUGUACAUGGCAGUGCGAACCUUAACGGUCUGUUCAGUCAUUCCAGUCAAGUCAUUUUGUACACACUAAACUUCUGCUUAUCAUGUAUGAGAUGAAAAAGACUAUGCACACAGUUUGUGCAUAUGUGUUACUUUAGUCAUUCUUAUUUUCUGUAUUACUCUGUAAUUGAAUGUAUGAUCGUUUGGGGAUCGAGGUUAAAAGUUACCAAAUGUUUUAAUGAGUUUAGAUGUGUGUUUAUGUGUUCAAUGGAUCAUGUUCUUGAAAACACUUGUAGCAGCAGUAGUUGGGUGGUAGUGAGUCAUGAGAUGUUGGAGGAGUUGGAGUCGCUAAUACAAGAGGGUAUGUUUUCCUUUUCAGUAAACAUUUUAAAAACUUCAUAUACUGAGGGUGCCCUAUCUACAAUUAAUCAAGCUAGCACUUUAUAGCAUGUUUGCCACUUGGCUUGGUACAGGUUUGUGUGGAUUUUGGUGUGUGCAAUAUUAGAGCGUAGGAGAUGAUAUUGCUCUCUGUGAGUGUAAUGCUUUAAUGGAAACGAGAAGCUGUCCUUCACUUGUGUCAACCUACUGUAUGGAUUUUAAAUUGUGCUGUUUGGGGUUUUGUAUGAAAAUAAAUUAGUGUGUUUCUAAUUUUCAA